AUGGGUAAACCAUGUGGUCUUCGUACGGCUCGUAAAUUAAAUAAUCAUCGUCGCGAACAACGUUGGCAUGAUAAAGAAUACAAGAAAUCUCAUUUGAGCUCAGGCUGUAAGAGUGAUCCAUUGGAUGGUGCUUCGCAUGCUAAGGGUAUUGUGAUCUCAAGAAUUGGUAUUGAAGCCAAACAGCCUAAUUCUGCUAUACGUAAAUGUUUUCGAGUUCAAUUAAUCAAAAAUGGCCAAAUAAUCACAGCUUUUGUACCACGAGAUGGUUGCUUCAAUUUCAUUAAUGAAAACGAUGAAGUUCUGGUGGCUGGUUUAGGUCGUAAAGGUCGUGCUGUCGGUGAUAUUCCUGGUGUACACUUCAAAAUCGUCAAAGUAGCCAAUAUUUCACUAUGGGCAUUGUAUAAAGGAAAAAAGGAACGACAGAAUUUGUAA